AUGUAUCGAUCAGUCCUUUUGUUCACAUUGGUGGGAUUGUUGUUGCUUACAAGGAGCCACUGUUUCGAUUCAGGUUUCUCUGGACAAGAGAAAACAACACAUUUUGGUUUGACUGAAUGUGCUCUAUUGAGAAUAACAGCGAGCUAUCUUAAAUCAGCUUAUGGUUCUACUGAUCUCGACAAUAUAGCUGGUGGUACUGGAUUAUGUGAUGAUGUUGAAACAAUGUUCAAUCAAAUUCAACAAGAAACUCGUCGAUUAGGUAUCAAUUCAAAACUUCGUUCUGUUAUUGAUCAAGUAUGUACAUCAAAUGUACUUGUUAAUUUGGAAGAAUUCACGUCACCUUCAUCACACUUUGAUAAUGAAGCAUUUAUUGAAGGAUCAAUACUUAUUGCUAAUCGUCUUGCUGAUGUUCAAACCAAUUUAAUGCGUGAUUCUUUGUCAGUAUUCGAUGCUCGCCAAUCAUUUGGUCAAGCGAUGCAUACAUUACAAGAUUUCUAUGCGCAUUCGAAUUGGGUGGAACUAGGACGACGAAUACCCAAUCCAAACAUCAGUAAAGGACAGAUGUUCGACUUAUAUGCACCAGAGGGCUUUGCUACUUGUAGCAAUUGUACACAACAGAAUUGUGCUGAAAAUAAUAUUUUGCCUGAGAUUUUAAGAGGUCAAUAUUUGACAAGUGGAUAUUUCAAUAUAUAUCACACAGGUUCUUCCAAACCGAAAGGCAAAUGUAGUCAUGGCGGUCCAUUCGAUGUAACAACUGAAACUGAUGCUAUAGGUUUUGGUAUUAAUAAAGAUAAUGAAAACUCUGACCAUGGGUCAUAUCAUAUCAUUGCAGCUAAAAUUGCUCUCGAUGCUACAGUGCAACAAUUAGAAUCAUUGUGGUCUACUGUAGGCAAUGAUACUUUCGGUCGCUUCUUAGGUUUUCAUUCAAGUAGUCUUGUCAUUGCAAUUGAUACGACAGGCAGUAUGGGACCCGUUAUCAAACUGGUCAAAGAACUGGCAAUUGCUAUAAUCGAAUUUACACGUGAAGAAAAUGCAUUUUUCAGACCAUCGAACUAUAUUUUCUCGCCGUUCAAUGAUCCUGGAUGGGGUCCAUUAACAAUUACAACUGACGCUCAAUAUCUUAUAGAUACAAUUAAGAAUUUAACUGUUUCUGGUGGUGGUGACACACCAGAAUUAUACUAUCAUGGUGUCAACGAAGCUCUUCAAGUAUGUGAACCGAAUUCUAUCGUUUACACGUUUACUGAUGCGCCCGCAAAAGAUUAUUAUCUUCAACCAAAAGUAUUAGCACGUGCUGCUGAACUUAAAUCCAAGGUUUUCUCGUUUUAUGUAAGUUCUACAUUCCCGUUUGGAAAGCAUCGUCGACGAAGAAAUGUUGGUGAAAUACUAGAUGGUUCAGUAGAUGAUGACCUAGCCACAGCAACUGGUGGAGCAACAAUUGGACUUAAUCCAAGCCGAGAUAGUAAUGCAACAGCAGCAUUUGCUAUUCGUAAUUUAUUUCCAAAGCAAACCCUACUUGCCAUAACUGGAUCCGAUACAAUCAAUAGAACAUUUGCUAUUGAUGCCAAUAUUUCUCGCUUGCAAAUUGAUUUAACUUCUAGUAGCUCUGUGCUGACAUCAACUUCUGAUUCAUUACAUUUAAUUGGUCCCGAUGGUGUAUCAAUUACUCCUGUGUUGACCGCCGAUGGAACGUAUUUUCAAUUAUAUACUAUCGAAAAUCCACGAGCUGGUUUAUGGCAAAUUUCAAGCAGUCAAUCAUUUUCUCGUACUAUCGAAAUAACUAUUCCAGAGACGUCAAACUCAUCAACACUGAUGACAUGUCGCACAGUACUAAGUCAACCGAUUAAACGCGAAUCAAAUAAUAGUUAUGGGCCUUUACUUACUGCGCCUACUGUUAAUCAAGCAGAUCUUGUAAUAGUGACAUCAUGUAAAAAUCUUAGGUCUUCUAUUCAAUCGGCCACUGUUGAAUUAGUUAACAAAGUCGGUCAAGUAAUAUCAGUUUCGCAUGCAUCAAAUGUCACAGAAACUGGAUCCAUCAUUUUCCCCGUGCAAAUACCAAAUACUGAUUUUCGAAUGGUGACCAAAAUAAAAUUAAUAGAUGGUUCAAUAGUACAACGACAAAGUGAUGCUCUCAUUUCACCAACCUCAAUUCUAAUCUCAAUUACUAAUCAACCAUAUACAUUUAAAAACAAUUCAAUGGUUCCAAUUACAUUCACUAUCUAUAAUCAAGCACAAGAAACACUCACAAUUCAUAUGUGUGCACUGGAUACACUACAGAUACUUGGUGACAAUGGAACUUGUCGUAAUUAUACUGUUUCUAACAUGAGUUACAUUCAUGAUAAAUUGAAUAUUGAUAUAAAUGUGUGGCUAGAAGAAAAUCAUACUAGAAAUGUCAGUAAUAUAACAAGUGGAUCCAUGACAUUUGCUAUCACUUCAAAUAGCAAUGGUAGACAAGAACUUAAAAAUUAUCAGAAAAUUCCUUUCUACAUUCAAACACGAGAAUAUAAUGAUCCAUUACCAGUAACAUCUACUACUACUACAACGCUGAGUACAUCUGUAGUUUCAAGUCCAAUCACAGUAGCAACCACAACAACAAACAAAGCAUCAUCUGUAGUUUCAAAUUCAACCACAGUAGCAAACACAACAACAAACAAAGCAUCAUGCUGUAGUUGCAUAUAUACUUAUUCGUUUGACGCUUACUUGAUCUUUUUAUUAUCACUUAUUUUUACAUAUUUUCCAAUAUUUUAA